GUCCUCUCGCUCUCCGUCUCCCUUCAACCUGGCGGACCUCACUCUAUGGAUCAUUCACGUUUGCGCCCCACUACUGCAGGAACCAGCGCCGUUUUCUUUCUUUCUUCAUCUAUAAGAGGGUAUACCUAUAUGUCGCCGCCUCGCUCGUCUAUAUAGCGAGUUCGUGCACGUUCUUGGUUUUCCCAUGAAACCCCCGGCAUGCACAGUCUUAUACUUACUCGCGGAGGCUUUUUCACAUUUUUUCAUCGCUCGAGGGUGCAGUUAGAAGAGAAGAAGAAGGUGUGGUUUCGGCGGGAUCUUCGCGCACGAGGGAGGAUUUUAACCUAACUUUUUUUAUGGAGAGAUUUUGGUUUCUUUUUGCGUUUUGGCGCUUUUCCGCGGUAGACGAUGCACCGUUGGAAUAUCUUGGUUAAUAAACCGGCUGUCAUUCGAUAUCGAGAAUUUUCAGUGACGAGCUAUCUCCAGACCUUUCUACUUCGAGAAGUGCAGUGCAAAACGGUUAUCGUCACGACUCUGCAGAACGCAACAGAGUAAAAAUGAGCCCGGCGCUCGAUUCAUCUCUAGCGAGUUUAGAGGAACACGUUGGAACCAUUGAGGAAGUAGGAAUAAACGCGUUGAACGACGACUGCUUGACGUUCAUUAUGCAGUACUUGCCGAUUGUCGACAGAGUGAGAAUGGAACGAGUUUGUAAACGUUGGCAGGCGGUAAGUCUUAAUGCGUGGCACAACUUCAAAAAGCUCAACUUCAACAACAAGUAUUGGGGAUUCAGUGCACCCUUCACUUUGGCUGAAGUUAACCACAGAAUUAUCGAAAAGGUUUUGAAACGCUGCGGCGAAUACUUGAUCUCGAUAGAGUUCAAUUCGAAAUUCAACGAAAGACUGGAUCAGAACGUUGUGAGUAGCGUGGCAAGAUUCUGCCCCAACGUUCAGCACCUCGACGUCUGGCGUCUCAAGAUAUCGCUCCGGAGCUGGAGUGCCUUGUACGAAAAUUGCAGUAAACUCGUUUCUUUUGCCGUGAGCGACUGCACGGACUGCGAACUUUCGUUAUUAUUCGAAAAGAAUAGGGAACUGAAGAGGCUCUACGUCUUUUCCUCAAAUGUCACUGGGGAAUUUCUAAAUAAUCUGUACUGCUAUUCUAUUGAGAGCAUCGUGUUCGUACACUGUCCCAUGAUAACGCUGGGCAACUUUCAUGUGAUAAGAGAUUUUUGUGAAACGGAGCCAUUGGUUCUGGAAGAAAAUUUUUCGUUAGACGAAGGUUUCAUGAAAGACAUCAGUUCAUACCGCAAAAGCGUGUUGAAGUAUCUAACUCUGGCAUAUGGCUAUGCGAAUUCUCUGGUAGCAAUCGGCACCAACCGCAAGCCUCUUAAGAAGGUCACCUGUUACCAAUCUCUGCUCGUCCUGUACCUGAAAAACAUUAAUGACCAUGCACUCCAAGAGACGGACUGCAGGGAUUUGAUGAAUAUGCGGAACACUGGGGUUGUAAAGCUUAUUGAGGAGUCCCAAACCCUGGAACGUCUACUUGGAGGAUUGCGAGACUAUAUCGAAAAAGCUGCCCGAGGCGGCCAUAAGAGUGAUGAAGAAACGUUCGAUUAUUGAGCUGCAGGGAUGUUAUUUUUAGCCCACUUUUUGGACAAUCAUCAACCAAUGCACAUGUAGAUCGCUCUGAACUUCCAUCUUUUCUGGGAUUUUCUGUUCUUUUAGGUACGAAAUUUCACCGACACUUGUGUUCUAAAGAAAUCAAGCGUAAUUUUUUAGGUAGUACUUUUUGCAUAUUCACUUUUUGUUUUACAAUAGAGAAAAGGCCUAGCCAAGAUUUUUUAAUUCUUUUUCUUUUAAAAUAUAUUAUUAAAAUCUUGCGCAAAAGUAAAAGUUAAUAUUUUAAUACAGUAUAUGUAUGCAGUAUUAAUUUUUCAAUAAUUCUUUUCGUUAUAUGGGGUUUUGAAAUAACCAAUCACAAAUUAUAAAAUUUUACACCAAAAAAA